UGACGUGACAGAAAUAUUCCCGAUCUCUAGAACGCACUUUUAUCUGUGCCUGUGGUGAUUAUAUCAUUGGUUUGCAUGGCGGCAAGUGACACCGGCAAAGGAUAAUGGAAGAAAUGUCUUUUAAUUCUUUUAGACUGCCUGUUGAUUUAACGUGCCUGUAUGGUGAUGAACGGAGUUGGUGUUAUAUUUACGUCGAACCACAGAAAUUUAAUGUAGUAAACGAUUUAGAAGCCUAUUUACAGAAUCUUUUUGGAAUCCCCCCACCUGUUAAACUUUUCGUUGGGAAAUAUUUACUGCCUAGCUCUGAGAGUAUUAAAAUUUUGUGCGUCGGAGAUGUUAUUAGAGUUACUGGUGGGAGUGACCUAUCCCAGCCGGCUGCUGACCAUAAUUCUUCUCGCAGAAAGAAGCGGAAACAUGCUGAUGUAAAAGAUAAAACGAGUAGCAAAUCUGCGUCGGCUGAUACCAGUGUGGUGAGGGACAGUCCGCAUAUUGCUGCCAGGGAAGACCCCGCAGCCCGUGUUGGUUCUGAGAGUGUUGAUGGCGGAGUGGCCUUGGCAGACGGUGGCACUGCAUCGCAAGCUGUUGUGCGACCUAGAGCACCAGCAACUGAAGAUGUGACAAGACAGACCGAAGGGCUCCAGGGCAAUGCCAUGAUAAACAGUGUAGGCUCAGUGGGCGACGAUCAAUCAACCAUUUCAACAGAGCCAGCUCAGGUAGAUACGAACAUGGAAACUGAAGCAAGUUUGAUUCCGAAGAAACGUAAGCGGACACGUCGUCAUAAAAGGAAAGCUAUGGUUUCUGCUAGUGUUGGUGAGGCAGUUUCUUUAUUAAGAAGUUCCCUUGGAGCAUUGCCUUCACGUAGUAGUGAAAGUCUGCUCAGUAGUUUUUCUGACCAUUAUACAAAUCGUAAACAUACAAAAUUUUCAGAUGACGAUUUUGACUCUAGUAUUGCUGGAGAAAGUGAACGCGAUGUACCGUAUGUGAAUGGAAAUGCUCCAAAUGCUUCUUUUAACAGGCAGGUACAAGAUCCUAGCAUGAAAUCAUUUUCUAAUUGGGAUGUGCAAGAUUUGUCGAACAAAGCACCAACUGAAAACUUUGAGAAUCUUUUAUCGUUACGCCACAAAGCAGCCCCACUUGUGUUUGAAAGAAAGCAGGCGAAACAAAAAACACCAGAUCCUCCAACUACAAAAGUCAAGGGGCAGGCAGCUGCAAGUUGGAGUGAAACCGAACAGAAAUCUUACGUUCGUGAGGCAACUAAUGAAAGUGCGCCAGAGCGAAGUAUGGAUCCAAACCUUUAUCCAAUUCUUAACUCGACUCCUAAAAAGCAGGACAUUAUUUUGUUUAAGACGCUAGUUUUAACUGAAAACUGCGUUCCACAGCUUUCAUCAUUCAUUAUGGCCAUGGUUGUUGACUUCUGUCCUCAGUCUUAUGAUGUUAAGCUUCAAAUAAAAAAUAACGGGCAGGAGCUCCGUCAACAGCCACUCAAGUUUGCAGCAGAAGUACAGACAGAAUCGGCUGAUGACGAAAUCACCACACUCAACUGGAAUGAAAUACAUGAGACUCACCUUGUCUCCAGAGAAACUUGACACUUAUAAUCCUACAAAACAAAACCAUUGUUAAUAAUUUUUUUAAUGUGUAUAUAAUUUGGAAAUAAUUCUACAAUGAAACAUUGUCUACAAAUAAAAAACAGUGACUACA